CGACAGACAACCAUGGCUCCCAUGUCAGAGGAGGACAUCGAGUGGUUCAAGUCCACCUUCCAUCCGAUCCCCAAACCCGAGAUCCCCGACGACUGUGUCGAAUAUGCGCUGUACCAUCUCCCCUCAGACCCCGCCCCCGCCGCGGUCGACACGGUCGCGGAAACGCGAGCUCGCUUGGUGGAGGUGCAGCGGACAGCGGCGGAGCUGUCGAAGCAGCUGUUGAAGGAUUAUAUUUGGCAGCGGGAUGGGUUUCAUCUGGAGAUCAGCAAGGAGGAUGGGACUACGGCUUUGCGCGGGCGCACGAAUUACGGAGACUCGAUCGAGGAUGAGUGGGUGGUUGUGUAUAUGCUGCGCGAGUUGAGCUUGAAGCAUAAGGAUAUUUGGGUUCGUGUGGUGGAUAGUGAUGGUCAGUUUCUUUUGGUGGAAGCUGCGGGCGCUUUGCCGGAGUGGCUGGAGCCCGAUGUGGCGGACAAUAGGGUAUGGAUAAAUCAGGGACAGUUGGUGAUCAUCAAACCUGCGAAGGAGAAGAAGGGGAAAGUGACGGAGAAGCUGUCGCUUGCGGAGUCGCGAAAGGUCAUAACGGAGGAACCUGGUCGGUUGAUGCGAUCAACCAUGAUCCAGGAGGAAGCCUUCUACCGGUUGCGAAACUACCCCCAGCAGAUCAACGAGAACCUACAUUCCGCCCUCGUUACGCUCCCACGGAAAGUCGCCUUCCUGUUGCACCAGAAACCCGGCUAUAUCUCGGCGGCUGUCGAGGCUUUCUAUCUACGAGACCCAAUUGCACUGCGGCCGCUUCGCUCUAAAGGACCAGACGCCCUUCUCUUCAAGCCCGAGGAUUUCGUCACCGUGAGCGUUCGAUUCACCAGGGUGGGUUACGCGCAGCUGAAGAGCCAGGACUUCCCCGCGCCGAAGGCAUGGUUAGAUCAGCUUCCCGCGAAAGAGCAGGAAAAGGAGCAUGAUCGAGCGGAGAUCGGAAUGAAACUGUCUUGUGGCUUUGAAAUGCUCCUCACCGACCCGCAAAGCCAGGACAAGCCCAUCGUGCGAGAGAUCAAGCUCCUAUUGGAGGACGUGGAUUCCGGCGACGAGCGGCUACCCUCUGACAGUGAGAUCUCUACCUGGGACAAAAAGGAGGAUGACGAGAAGUGGCUGGAUAUCAGUUUCGAAGACCUGGAUGCGGAACUGAAAGGGAGAGGCAAAAGCACGGCCGACAAGGACAAGGCCGCCGGAGACUUCGGAGAUUCCAAUGCCCAGGAGAACCUGCAGCGGAUUGUGGCCCGCUUUGAGGAGUUCUUGAACGAUAACUCUGCCGGAUUCGAAGGCGCCGAUUUCAUCGAUGACUACGGAUCCGAUUCAGACGUCAGUGACGACGACGACGAUGCAGUUAGCAGUGACGGAGAGGACAAGGAAGCCUCCUUUGACGAAGAGGAGUUCUCCAGAAUGAUGAAGGAAAUGAUGGGGAUGCCAUCCGGAGCGCCGACAAUGCCCGGAUUGAAGCCCCCGAAGAAGCCGUCCGCGCCACGCGGUAAAGUGGAGGAUUUGGGCAGCGAAUCGGAGGACGACACCGAGCAGAUCAAACAGCUUUCGCGCGAGAUGGAGGCUGAACUGAGAGGAACCGGUGUUCUCGACCUGAACCGCAAGGGCAAAGAACCUGUCGGGAAGAAGGCUGUAUCCAAGGGGGAAGAAAAGACGGCAGAGAAGAGCACCGACGAGACUGAUGUCAACGCGGAGGACGAGGAUAUCGAUAUUAAUCUUGCGAAGAACCUUUUGGAAAGUCUCCAAGGUCAAGCGGGUGCUGCUGGGCCAGCGGGGAACAUGCUUUCUAUGAUGAACUUGCCUAUCCCUAAGGACGACCGUCCUCGCUGAAGCUAGGCUUGAGACCUCGCCGUAGCCUUCGGCUUCGUCGACUGUUGGCCAUUGCCCGCAAUGUCCGGAUUGUCCAGCCUCCAAAAAAGCGAACUCUACUCUCGAUCUAUGGACAAUCGCAAAGUCCGUGACUACGGGAAAGAAUCAUACUGAUUCGGUGUUUGCUAUCUCUCUUCCUAUCCACAUUGCUAUGGGUCCCGGGGUCGGUUUGAAUCACCUCCUAAAGGGCAUCUGAACAUACAAAGGGAUACACUCGGAGUGCAAUCGACAAGCAUCCACCACGAUCGGAUCAUUCGGCUCUUCUACAGAUACAAUCAAUACGAACGUUGCACAUUUAGCUCACUGGUCCGAUACGACGGUGCUCGUGUUUACUAUGCACCAAUCGAUAGCCAUAAUGGUCAAGGAUAGUCAGCAUCGAGUUUCGUCAAGAGAAGAUUCUCGCGGCUAGUGGAACCCCCUUUUUCAAUGAAACAAAACAGUUUUCUCGCUGAAGCGCUUGCGGUCACACGGGUUGGUAAACCCGUCGCAACCACCAUCGAGAGGCCGAAUUGUUGACCCGACGGCAUGCGUAUACUAGCUGCGUACAUAUUUUAUUAUAUCUGACAGUGUGAUCAUGCUUUUGAUUAUCUCAGUGAUCAUAUGCUUGAUGCAUCUCUGUGGGACUCGUGGUCUGGUCAUUUCUCUAGCUAGAUCUGUAUCCAGGAUCAUCA